UUUCGUCCGUAUAGGUGCCCGUGUCUGUUUCACUGCGCGAAUGUCAACGUGCCUACCAUUCACAACACAUAGCCUACUUCACUGCGGUAGCAUACCAAUGAAAGAAAGUGACAUAACCCCGAAAAGUACCGCUCUGAUGUGAGGAAAGGCAGUCGGUUCGUUCGUUUCUUCCGUUUCGCGUAUCUGUUUCGGAACUAUCAUCUCAUCUCGUACAUCUCUUCGUCCACGAGCAAAGCAAAAAUUCUACCCAUCAGGAGGAAAAUGGUUAACGCCUACGAUAUCUUCGGAGGCGUGUGCGUCUUCAUCGUGUCGGUUCAACUGCUGCGGAAGGUGUUCCCAUGGAUAUACGAGAACCUGCUCGGGCCUAAACUGAUCGGCACCGGGAUUAAGCUGAAGGAGAUGGGACAGUGGGCAUUGGUCACCGGGGCAACGGAUGGAAUCGGCAAGGCGUACGCUAAAGCGCUUGCUAAGAAGGGUCUCAACGUGGUACUGGUCAGUCGAACACUAUCCAAGCUAGAGGAUGUCGCUAAAGAAAUUGAAACGGAAGCCAAGGUCCAAACCAAAAUCAUCGCGGUAGAUUUCAGUGCAGGGCCGGAGAUAUACGAUACUAUCAGGGAACAAACGGACGACGUGGAGAUUGGUGUUCUGGUCAACAACGUGGGAAUCAGCUACUCGCAUCCGGAGUAUUAUCUCAACCUACCGGAUACCGAGAAGCUCGUCAACAGUGUCAUCGCGUGUAACGUUUUUUCCGUCACGCAGAUGUGUAAAAUGUUCCUGCCCGGGAUGGUCGAACGCCGGAAAGGUGUGGUGAUCAACAUAUCGUCAAUGUCGGCCGUCAUUCCCGCACCCAUGCUCUCGAUAUACUCGGCAUCGAAAGCGUUCGUGGACAAAUUCAGUGACGAUCUGGCAACGGAAUACGCCAAACAUGGUAUAGUGGUACAGUCCGUACUGCCCGGUCCGGUGGCCACCAACAUGUCGAAGGUUCGUCGAGCCACUUGGAUGGUGUGCUCGCCGAAGACGUUCGCCUCCAGUGCCCUUAGUACUCUGGGAAUUGCCCGUCACACCACCGGAUACUAUCCACACUCGCUACUACAGCUCAGCGUCGAUAUGAUUGGUUUUGUUUCGCCGACCUUGUCGCGGAACAUCACCCUCAAGACAAUGGAAAACAUCCGUGCUCGGGCGGUGAAACGGGCUGCCAGCAAGCAGGAGCCUAGCAAAUAGAUAAAGCGAAAGUCGACAAACCCUUUUUUUCCCCGACCUCUUACAAUUCUUUCCGAUUCAACUGAUUCUACUACAUAUCCCGGAUCUGCCGGGAAGCAAGAAGCAAGUACUGAAACAAAUAUUUAACUGCUAAGUAAAUAAUCUGAGCGAGAUGAUGCUGAUCGAAUUUGGAAGUGCGUGUUUGUGAUCAAAAAUUCUCUUCAGAUUCCUUGUUUUGUUCAAUUACAGUUACCUACUGAUUGCUAAGUAAAGUAAUAAAUAAAAAAAAGCGACAAUGGCAUUUGUUAAACUUAGAGAAUAAAAAAAUUGAAACUAUUGUUACAACCUAAAUAGGGAAAAAUACAAAUCAAUUCGGAGCAAUAGGAUGCUCAAAGAUUGAAACAAAAAACACAAUACAUAACAUUUCGAAAGCUGCCUUAUUGCUUGAAACUCGAAUAGAAAAGAAUGGAACAGAAAACGUGCAUAUUGACCAUCCAAAAUUAUAAAAAAGGGCGAUGUUUGAUGAAAACGUGUAAAAUUAUUCCAACUCGAAAUAGUAUAGUAAUAGGGGCAAAUAAAUUUAACGUUUAUCUAGCUGAUCAA